AUGACCGGGCUGCUGGAUGAUGUCUAUUCGCGACGCCCAGGUCUCAAGAGGCUCAGUGUUAUUGGUUCUCAUGAUUGCGCAAGGGAGAUGCCUUCUGCUACUCGACUUCUUAACAUUGAUAGAAACUUGCUCAAGCUAGACCUCAAAGAUAAGGACGGGCGUCAAGUUCCGUCUGAGGAGGCGGAUGAUAGGUAUCGAGUGUUGGAGAAAAUACUGAAAGCGCAAUAUCUUUUCGAUAGACAUUUUGAAUUAUAUCGCAAAGAAAUAGAGGAAGAAGGAAACAAAAAUGCUAUCGAAUACUGGAAGAACGUCGAGGUAGUCGAUGUUUUAUGUUGUUGGCCUGAUGAAUCUCAGGAUGAAUCGAGUUUCUACAUUCCAGAGAUCGACUCCUAUGUGCGCUGCAACGAUGAUGGAUUCUUGGCGACCUUGCCAGAGAGUACGCCAGAUAAGUUGAUAAAGCUAAGGGAUACCCUCAAAUUAGUAGAGCUCGGAGAUGAGCAAUGGUUACACGAGCUACAUCAGGAAAUAUAUAGGCUUAGAUCGAAGCACAGUCAUACGGGUUUAUAA